CCUCAUGUUUCGGCUGUAUUAUUUAUCUCGACCUGAGCCGUAUCACGUCGUUCCAAUCGGCUGUCUAACCUCGUUCUGAAGUUCUCGGCUUUUGCUUCCCCCCGACAACGACACCAGGAAUGAAACAAGAGGACGAACUCGUUGACUUUUUCACUUGUUGCUAUACACUGGUUGCGAAGAGAAAGUCGUUCGCCGAUAUGCCUCAAGCCACCCAUUAGUCCAAAAAGAAACAGUACUGCGUAAACUUGUUUUAAAAGAUUGUGCAAUCUACAAAUAACAAGGCCAAGUUACAGUUUUGGAAAUCAUUUAAUCUUUUGUUUUGUUUUUUCAAUCACAAUUUUCAUUAGUUGACAUGUGUAACUAAUAAUCUAUAUGUGAUCGAUUUCUGAUAACCCAGCCAUCGCCGAGCAAAUGAGGUGUUGAUUUCAAGGUCCAUGGUCAUCGUCCGGAAGGAUUAGUCCCUGAACUUGAACCCUCUCAGGACACCUCAUUUGUAGAGGAUGAGUAGGCCGUAUUCCGGGAAAUCGGAUGUGGCUGACGCUCUCUGGAUCAAGGACAUCUUGUUGCACCCAAUGGCUGUUCAACUGUUACGCCAAACCUUUAUAAUGGAAUGCGAAGAUGCCUUGGCCAACAUCUUCUCCGUCCAAUGCUGUCGAAGUCGUUUUCUGCCGUACCAAGUGCGACAAAAUGGCCGUCAUUCACCAGAAUUAUUAUUUCCACCACAAUCGCAAAUACAAGGGAGGUGAUUACUGGUGCUGUGCUCAACGUGGGUGCAAAGUCCGUCUCAUCAGCAGCCGUGUCAAUCAUGAAUCCGGUCGGAUGGAGUUUUCGCGUCGCAACCAGGCCAUUCAACAUGAGCACGAGCCGAACGCACCCAAUUUGAUCGAGAAAGAAUUCCGUCGCCAGUUGGUCACUCAGUUCGAUCGAGUCACAGCCAAUAAAUCGGGAUCGCCUCAAUCAGCUACUCCUGUUUCCGUUCGUCUAGUCUACGAUGAGCUGCGCAGUCAGGCCAUCAAACGCGGCGUUCCGGAAUCUCUGAUUCCGUCUUAUUGGAAUAUUCGCAGCACCAUGUACCGUAUCCGUCGCAAGCGGGUGUUACUUCACGUUCCGUCAAGUAAUUCAGGUUCAGAAAGAAGAGAAACUAAUAAAACUUCUGCUGGAGAAGGAUCUGCAAGAUCCGGGACUUCUGAUCCAGAAUCCCCGAUCUCAUCGACGAUGGGUGAGCCAUCGACUAGUCCAGUGCAAUCGGAACCAUUGUCUCUGGUGACUUGGAAAAAUAACGCCCAGGAACAACAGCUUGUUGUCCGUCACGAUCUCGUUCAUCCGACUACUUCUCCAAUCCUGUAUCAAUCUCUUCAGACGAGCGGUUCGCCGUCAACUGCACCCAUCAAUCCGCAACUGCCAACCCAGUUUGAAGCUUCACCCAUGAUCACUCCAAUUCCGCCAAUUGAUCCAAAUCUUCUUCGUUUUUCCAGUCAUUUUUUCCCGAGCUACUCCCAAUCUCCCACUCUUGCUCCCUCGUUUCCUUACCAAUCACCGGAAAUUAUGCGGUUUUAUGCUGCUAUGCAUGCCGAAUAUUUACGCUCGCUUUUUGCUCUCGGCUGCCAUCCUCGUAUGUAAUGGCCUUUAAUUGAUUUCUGCUCUUUCUUAUUGACGUUUUGCUAAUGACCAAAAAUUGACGAUGAACGACUCGUUCGGAACGUUUCACCUUAAUUGAAUACAUCCCGAUCAACAGCACGUUGCCAUGGUAAUUUAGCAUUUCUCGAACAGUAUAAGUUGAUUGUUGUGGAUACUAGUACCGACGCAGUCAUGGUAGAACUUAGGAAUCGGUUCAACAGUUCCACCGCUGGGCUUUAUCGACUAUUGUACUUUUUAGGUCUUGAUCCUGCUACUGGAUCCAAAUGUAAGACACGAAUUUGGGGAUGGCUUUGCUUUCUGGUAAUGUCGCAAGCCGGCCUUUUCGUGUUCCUCGUGAGGUCCGCUCCUCACUUGAAAGGUUUCCUCAUAAACCUGCCUGCCACUCUUCCGUUGCUAGACCGUUCCAUCCGCUUGUUCAGCGUCAGUUUCAUACAUUUGAUCUUGCUUUUGAAAUUGGGAGGAAUUCUGGACUCCAUGUGUCGUCAACUUGAUUUGGUGGAUUUAGAAUUACACCAACCUAAUCUCUUACAAGUUCGAAAAGUUUCCAUCGCCGGAGUAUUUUGGACCCUCUUUGUGUGCAACAGCCAAACUGUUUGCGCUAUGUAUGUGGAGUCAUUUAAAAGAACGUCUGAAUCUUCUUUCCAGUUGCUUGAAACUAUCCAGCAGUUCAUCCGGAUCGAGAGUUAUUUGAUUCUCGAUGUCUCUGUUGUCAUCUUCUAUGCCUGCGGCCAACUUUUGGUCACCUUUUAUCAGCAAUUGGUUCACCAAACUGUUAUUGAUGCUUCUUUAACAAAACUAUUCUUUUAUUCUUCCAUCGCAACUCGAUUGUCGUCCGCUGUCACUUUUCUGUGCAUUCAGUUCGCUCUCACCUUGUUGAUUAAUUGUAUUCACUCGUUCUCCUGUCUCCUGUUUUUCACUGUCGCGCUGAUGUCUGAAAUUGCCGAUCCUGAUCUCAGAAUUUCUGCUAUCUGGACUUCUAUAGUUUUGAUUGAUUGCCUAGUCCGCUUAUGGUUGAUAUGCCAUACCGUAGACAACAUCUCUAAUGCGGCUAAACAAUCCAUUUUCAGCUUGAGGAAGCUCAGAGACUAUCCUUCACGAGAUAUUACCCAGACGUAUCAGCACAAUCAGGUGACGCUCACUAUUGUGGAAAUAGCAAGGACCUUUCCUAAAUUCCGAUUAUAUGGACUAGUCACUUUGUCCAAGGAACUAUUGCUCCAGGUGAUAGAGUCUACUGCGGCAUACGUAGUCAUGUUGAAUGAACUAAAAACUUAGUUAGCGUAAGCAAUUUAGUUCUUUUUUAGUUGUUGUCCCCUUAUUUAAUUUAUUCAUGGUUUUUUAAAAACACUUUUUAGUAAAAUUUGUAACAGUUUAGUGUGAUCCCAAAAGAUUAUUUAAUUAGCAUCUCGAAAAAUACUUUGAGGUCCGGAAUUGUUUUUUAGGACAAGUCAAAAUGCUGUUAGCAUACAAUAGUGGUUGGUGUAUAAUUUCACGUUAAGUUCAUAAAUAUAUGCACACUGCUGCACAUCCAUAAAAAUUUAGAUAAAACGUUUCAUAUCACAAAAAAAAAAGAUAAAAAAAUCGGUGGGAGUACGGAGCCAAUAGACCUAUGCCAGAUAGAUAUACGCAGUUGUCUGCAAACUAUUUCAGUUUUAUUUGCUGUGAGGAAAUGAGAGCUACGGCUUGUUAGUUCCUUCCCACAUCUGUUGUUAUUCAGUUGUUCAAAAGUUGCUGUUGAGUGCCAGCUGUAGCAAGGCGGCUAUUGUUUCAAAAUGAAUAACAAAGCAAUCGCCUUGUUGUUGAUUUCAACGGCAGCUAUAUUUUUCGUUUUCGGUGCUCUCAUCGGAUUCUAUGUUAUCGAAGAAAAUAAUAAAGUUCCCGCUGUGCUCGACGUCAAAUCUUUACUGAUUGAUGAAAUUUCGGCUGAUAAAAUCAGUGAAAACCUCAAACAUUUGACUAGCGUUCCGCAUGUUGCCGGAACGGAUCAAGAUUUGACUCAAGCCGAAUGGGUUAGAGAUCGUUUCCUCGAAGCAGGAUUGGAUGAAGCUGAAACGGUUCCUUACGAUGUGUUACUCUCCUAUCCACGACCUGGAGUGAUCAAUACAGUCCAGUUAAUCGAUGACAAGAAUCAAGUUAAUUUCACCACAGCUGGUCGCCAGCCAGCGCUUGGUACACCACAAAAUUCCUACGACAAAGUCUUUGCGAAUUUCAAUGCGUACUCGGGAAAGGGCGUUGCCCAAGGAAAUAUAGUUUAUGCUUACUUUGGGCGAGAUGCCGAUUAUGAAGAACUAAAAAGUCGAGGGGUAAACGUAACUGGACACAUCGUCCUAGUGCGCUACGGAGCAAUUUUCCGCGGAUCAAAGGUGGCGAUUGCUGCAAGGUGGGGUGCAAUUGGAGUGAUCCUGUUUAGCGACCCUAUAGAUAAAGCCGUAAAAGGUCGUAAUUUCACCUUUCCAGAUAGUUGGUGGCUGCCAGGCAUGGGAGUGGAAAGCGGCUCUCUUUAUGUUGUUGACGGCGAUCCUUUGACUCCUGCCUACCCUGCCAUAGAGAGUGCGUUUCGUUUGAAAGAAGAAGACCAGGCAAACCUGCCCAGGAUUCCAGUCCAACCGAUCGGCUAUGACGAAGCCGAGAUAUUUCUUCGUAACAUUUCUCCUGAGAAUCCACCUCCAGCCGCGUGGGUUGGUAAAUUAGAUGCGCCAUACAACCUUGGUCCAACACCGCUCAACCCCGGUUGGAACGUCAGGAUUAACGUCAGCACCGAUAACGAGAUGAGGAGAACUUAUAACACUAUAGGAAUCUUGCGCGGAUCAGUGGAAGACGAUCGUUAUGUACUUUUGGGUAAUCAUCGUGAUGCCUGGACAUUUGGUGCCUUGGAUCCAUCGAGCGGAACGGCUUCCAUGAUCGAAGUUGUCCGAGCUUUAGGGGAAAUUAAGAAGAAUAAAGAAUGGCGACCAAGAAGGACUAUGGUGUUUUGCAGUUGGGGUGCCGAGGAAUAUGGUUUGAUUGGAUCCUACGAGUGGACGCAACAAUUUGCCAAAGUAUUGAGCCAGCGAGCUGUAGCUUACCUGAAUGUGGAUGUCGCUGUCGGUGGAAAUCAAACGUUUCGAGGUUCAGCUUAUCCCAUGUUGAAACAACUUCUCAUUGAUUCUUCCAAGCUCGUCCCUAAUCCUAAUCCAGCUGAAGUGGCAGAUGGCAGAGAAACUGUUUUUCAAACCUGGGUAAAAUAUCAGCCAGAUGCAAACAACCCUGGAAAUCCUUCAGUUGGUAACAUGGGCGGUGGUAGUGAUUUUGCGCCGUUCGCUUAUGUCGUUGGAACUCCAACCACAGAUUUCGGCUACACGGCUCCCUAUAGUUAUCCAACUUACCAUACAAUGUAUGAUAAUUACCAGUUGGCCAGUGAGAUUGUGGAUCGUGGAUUUGUCCACCACCAGGCUGUGGCGAGAAUGUGGGCAAUUGCAGCCACCGAACUGGCCGACGCUGUUGUAAUACCUUUUGAUAUCAAUUCUUAUGCCAGCUUUCUGAACGACUCGCUGACAUCUUUAGAAAAGAAAUACGACCAACAGCUACAGCAAAAUCAAGCCACUUUCAAAUACUUCCGUGCUUCCGUCAACUAUUUCAGUGAAUCAACUAAGAAUUUCACGGAAACAACCCUGAAAAAUAUAAAUAUGGAUGACAUUUUAACAGUCAGGCAGGUUAAUGACAGACUCACUCAGCUGGAGCGUUUUUUCAUCGAUCCAAAAGGAUUACCAGAUCGUCCCGAAACAAAUCACAUCGUUUUCUCGGUAAGCGCCAACAACGCUUACGGAUCUGACACGUUCGCCGGACUAGUCGAUUUGCUCCUCGAAGUGGGCAACAAAACGGAAAGUCAGGACCCAGUUACCUGGAACAAGAUUCGCCAACAUUUGUCAGUUAUCGCAUUCUUGAUUGGUGAAGCUGCUCGUUCGCUUAGCGAAAACUUGUGGUAACUUGUUUUAUUAUUCCAAUUCACCUAAAAUUCCCAACUCCUGAUAAUCGUGUAAUUGCAUGCAUGUUUAAAUUUACCUUUUUUUUUCCGUCAUUGGUUACAUUAUGUUGUUAUUUUGAAUUUUUCUUGACAUUGUCCUCUCUAGUGCGGUAUUAGCUCGUUUUGACAGGGUGAAACACGGUGUAUAAUUGGUUGAGCUUGGUUGAAUUAAUCUUUCUUGAACGAUC